CUUAGGCAAGAUGGCGGCGGCGGCGGCGGCGUUUGAGGCGGCCGGGGGCUGCGGGGCGGCGGCGGUGGCGCGAGCGAGAGUGGCGGCGCCAGGACGGCGAUGAUCCGCAAGUCGGCCGCCGCCUCCUUCUCCUCGUCCUCCUCCGGCGGUGGCGGCGGCUCCGCGGAGCUUCUCCGGCAUGGCGCGCCUCGCCGACUACUUCGUGGUAGUCGCCUUCGGCCCGGGCAAGCGCGGCAGCAGAGAUGGCCAGGGCCAAAUACUCCAGCGGUUUCCAGAAAAGGACUGGGAGGACAACCCUUUCCCCCAGGGGAUCGAACUGUUUUGCCAGCCAAGCGGAUGGCAGCUUUUCAGGGAGAGAAACCCUCCCACGUUCUUCAUUGCUGUCCUGACUGACAUCAACUCGGAACGCCAUUACUGUGCCUGCUUCACCUUUUGGGAGGCCAUUGAAAGCAUCCAGCAGCUGCAGAACCGCUGGAGGAAGGAGGAAGUGGAAGAGCUGGAGGUGAGCGCCCUCAUUCAUCCCUCGCAGCUCUUUGCCCCAAAGAGUUUGGUGCUUGUCUCUCGGCUGGACCACACCGAGGUUUUCCGGAACUGCCUGGGGCUGAUCUACACCAUCUACGUGGAUGGACUGAGCACCUCUCUAGAGACUGUGGUUGGGAAUCUCCUGACGUGCACCAUCCCCAUUACGGGGGGCUCCCAGAGGACGAUUUCCCUGGGUGCAGGCGACAGGCAGGUGAUCCAGACACCCAUCAGCGACUCUCUCCCCGUCAGCAACUGCAGCGUGGCUCUCCUCUUCCGGCAGCUAGGAAUCACCAACGUGCUGAUUCUCUUCUGUGCGGCCCUGACUGAGCAUAAGAUCCUCUUCCUCUCCAGCAGCUACCAGAGGCUGACCGAUGCCUGUCGCGCCCUGCUUGCCCUCCUCUUUCCCCUGAAGUACAGCUUUACGUAUGUGCCCAUCCUGCCAGCUCAGCUGCUGGAGGUCCUCAGCACACCCACCCCCUUCAUCAUCGGGGUCAGCUCCAUCUUCCAGUCAGAGACCCAAGAGCUGCUGGACGUGAUCAUCGCAGAUCUCGAUGGAGGGACGGUCACCAUCCCGGAGUGCAUCCACAUCUCUUUGCUGCCUGAGCCUCUCCUCCAUCAGACGCGUGAAGCCCUCUCGAUGGUCUUGGACCCAGAGUUGGAAAUGGCAGAUCUGGCCUUCCCACCCUCCACCAUCUCUGCUUCCUCCCUCAAGAUGCAGGAUAAGGAGAUCCGGGCAGUCUUCCUCCGGCUGUUUGCCCAGUUGCUGCAGGGCUACCGCUGGUGCCUGCACAUCAUCCGUAUUCACCCGGAGCCGGUCAUUCGCUUCCACAAGGCUGCCUUCCUCGGGCGGAGGGGGCUGGUGGAAGACGAGUUCCUCCCCAAGGUGCUGGAGGGCAUGGCCUUCGCGGGCUUCGUGACAGAGAGGGGCCCCCCCUACCGGGAGACAGACUUGUUCGAUGAGCUUGUGGCCAGUGAAGCCAAACGGAUGCAGGCCGAUGAAGGAAACAAGGCAAAAGUUCUACGCCACGUCAAGGAACUGGCAGAGCAGCUCUACAAAAAUGAGAACCCUUACCCAGCAGUGACGAUGCAUAAGGUGCAGAAGCCCACGGAGGGCUGCCACCUGCGUCUGCACCAGAGGCCAUUCCCCCAUUUGGACGAAGGGACCAUCCAGUGGAUUGUUGACCAGGCCACAGCCAAACAGCAGACGGCACCUCCUUUGGUGAAAGCGGAGAAGAAAGCCAUGGUAUCAUCUGGGCCACCCCUGGGGACCCUCAUGGAGCGGAACGGGAUUCUGCUGGCCAACAGUGCCCGUCGCCUGGAGGUGGUCAGGAACUGCAUCUCCUUUGUCUUUGAGAGCAAGAUGCUAGAAGCCAAAAAACUCCUGCCGGCUGUGCUCCGAGCCAUGAAGAGCCGGGCUGCUCGCCAUUGCCUCACCCAGGAGCUGAACCUCCACGUGCAGCAGAAUAGGGCCAUGCUGGACCAUCAGCAAUUUGACUUCAUUGUCCGGAUGAUGAACUGCUGCUUGCAGGACUGCAAUGCCACGGAUGAGCAUGGGGUCGCUGCUGCGCUUCUGCCCUUGGUCACCGCCUUUUGCCGCAAACUCAGCCCAGGAAUCACUCAGUUUGCUUACAGCUGUGUGCAGGAGCACCUGGUGUGGACCAACCUUCAGUUUUGGGAAGCCAUGUUCUACAGUGAUGUGCAGAACCACAUCCGUGCGCUCUACCUGGAGAGUAAUGAGGAGGACUGUGCUGAGAAGAUGGCUGAGGAGGAGUCGGCUCUGGAUAUCGCUGCCGUGCAGUGCCGUCUUUGGCCCACCAUGAGCCGGGAGAAGCAGCAAGAGCUCAUUCAGAAGGAAGAGAGCACGGUCUUCAGCCAGGCUAUUCACUAUGCCAAUCGCAUGAGCUACCUCCUGCUGCCUCUGGACACCAGCAAGAACAGGCUCCUGCGGGGCGCCGGACUGGGAGACGCCGAGAGCGUCAGCAACAGCUUAAUCACCAGCAGCAUUGCUGGCAGUGUGGCAGACAGCUAUGACACCGAAAGUGGCUUUGAGGAUGCCGAAAGCUCCGAUGUGGCCAACUACGUGGUACGGUUCAUCAACCGCUUUGUGGAUAAGGUCUGCACAGAGAGCGGCGUCACCAACGAGCACCUCAAGGGGCUGCAUGUCAUGAUCCCAGACAUUGUCCAGAUGCACAUCGAGACCCUGGAUGCCGUGCACCGAGAAAGCAAAAGGCUCCCUCCAAUACAGAAGCCCAAGCUCCUCCAGCCGAACCUGCUGCUUGGAGAGGAGAGCGUGAUGGGUGGUCUGCGGGUUUACCUUGUGCCUGACGGCAGGGAAGAAGGCACUGGAGGCAGCCUCGGGGGGCCUCCUCUGCUUCCGGCUGAAGGAGCAGUUUUCCUUACCACCUACCGCAUCAUCUUCAAGGGCACACCCACCGACCCACUAGUGGGAGAGCAGGUGGUUGUCCGCUCCUUUCCCAUCGCCUCUCUGACCAAAGAGGAGAAGAUUUCAGCCCAGACUCCCUUGGAUCAGUUCAUCCAGGAGGGCUGCGCUCAACUCCAGCUGCGUUCCUGUACAUUCCAGGUGCUGCGCAUUGUCUUCGAUGAGGAAGUGGCUUCGGAGAGCGCAGAGACCUUCCGGAAGCAUCUCGGCAAGUUGCGCUACCCCCAGCACGUCUCCGAUACCUUUGCCUUCACGGUGGGACAGACCAGCAAGCCUGCUCUGCCUCCCAAAGCCAAGGACAAAAAUCCGUCACUCAGGACCAUCUCCAAGAACCUGGUAAAAAAUGCCAAGAAAACCAUUGGCCGCCAGUACGUCACCCGCAAGAAGUACAGCCCGCCUCCCUGGGAGCAGCGGGGCAGCCAGCACCCGUUCCCUGAGGACAACGAGGACGAGAUCUCGGUGUCUGAAGAAAUGGAGAGGAGCACCUUGACCCCCUCGGCAGCCAUCAGGCCCUCCGACAAGAUGACCAUGAGCCACCUGGUGGAGCGAGCCUGUUGCCGAGACUACCAGCGCCUGGGCCUGGGCACCCUGAGCAACAGCCUGACCCGCUCCAAGAACGAGCCUUUCCGCAUUUCCACUGUCAACCGGAUGUAUGCCAUCUGCAGGAGCUACCCAGGACUGCUGAUCAUCCCGCAGAGCAUCCAGGACAACACGGUUCAGCGGAUCUCACGCUGCUACCGGCAGAACCGCUUCCCGGUGGUCUGCUGGCGGAACUCGCGCACCAAGGCAGUGCUGCUGCGUUCGGGUGGCUUGCAUGGGAAGGGCGUGGUGGGUCUCUUCAAGUCCCAGAAUGCUCCUGCCACAGGCCCCUCCCAGGCAGACUCGACCAGUCUGGAGCAAGAGAAGUACCUGCAAGCCAUCAUCCACUCCAUGCCCCAUUAUGCGGACACCGGUGGACGCAACACGCUCAGUGGCGGCUUCAGCUCUGCCCAUGUGAGCCACUCAGAUUCAUCUGAGAAGCGGCAGCCCAAGCUGGGGUCUCUUAUGAAGCAGGUGAUGGGCGGGAGAGACGAAGGGUCCGGCACGGGGAGCCGCGGAGCCCUAGGUCACAGAACUAGGGUAAUUACCUUCUCCAGCCCCAAGAGUGCCGCAUCAAGGAAACCCGACUCCCCCCGAGGCAAGUGGGGCAGUAUUCGAGCCGGGGGCCGCUUAAGCAGCUAUGCCUUCAACAUGGAUAUCGGGUCCCGACUGGCUGGGAAAGAAUUUGUGGCACAGCCCAAUGGGUCUCCCUCAGAAGCCGGUUUCCUCCGCCAGCUGUACAUAAUCGGAGACAAGUCCCAGUUGCGGGGAAUAAAGCCGGAUCCUUUGCAGCACUGGGAAAUGGUGCCCAUCGAAGUGUUUGACACGCGGCAGGUCAAGAGCAGCUUCAAGAAGCUGAUGAAGGCCUGCGUCCCUGGUAGCCCCUCCCCAGAGGCCAGCCCGACCUACCUGCGCUCCCUGGAAGAGUCGGAGUGGCUGGUACAGAUCCAUAAGAUCCUGCAGAUCUCAGUGCUUGUGGUCGAACUGCUGGACACGGGCUCCUCGGUCUUGGUCAGCCUGGAGGAUGGCUGGGACAUCACCACUCAGGUGGUCUCUCUUGUGCAGCUGCUCUCAGACCCCUAUUACCGCACCAUGGAGGGCUUCCGUCUCCUGGUGGAGAAGGAAUGGCUGUCCUUUGGGCACCGCUUUGCCCAUCGCGGGGCUCAGACCUUGGCCAGCCAGAGCAACGGCUUCACACCCAUCUUCCUGCAGUUUCUGGACUGUGUCCAUCAGAUUCACGCACAGUUCCCCAUGGAAUUUGAGUUCAGCCAGUAUUACCUGAAGUUUCUCAGCUACCACUAUGUGUCCAACCGCUUCCGCACCUUCCUCCUGGAUUCUGACUAUGAGCGCCUGGAGCUGGGCCUCCUGUAUGAAGAGAAAGGGGAGCGGAAGGGCCCCCAGACCUACCGAUCCGUUUGGGACUAUGUGGACCGGCUGAACAAGAGGACCCCCAUCUUCUUCAAUUACAUGUAUGCCCCUGAAGAUGGGGAGGUCCUGCGUCCGUACAGCAACAUUUCCAGCCUGAAGGUAUGGGACUACUAUACCCACGAGGCUCUUGCAGAGGGGCCAUCCUAUGACUGGGAGUUGGUGCAGGACCAGGGGGAGCUCAGUGAGGAGGCUGGCCAGCAGGACACCAGCACUCCCCAAAGCCAUCGCAAGAUUGUUUGGCCCUGUUAUGAUAGUUGCCGCCGGGUGGAGCCAGACGCCAUCUCUCGGCUGCUGGAGGAGGUGCAGAGUCUGGAGAUGGAGCUGGGCCAGGUGCCAGAACGCUGGAAGGAGACCUGGGACAAAGUGAAGGCUUUCCAACAGUCGGAGGGCUCCACGCUGGACAGUAAAGCAGCACCCAGUUCUCUCCUGAUGGCAUCCAGCCUGUCGCAUCAGCGACGCUCCCUCGGCGUCUACCUGCAGGAGGCGGGCAGCGGCAGCUCCACCUUAAACCUCAGCCUGGACAGUGAAACCAGCAGCUCGUCCACCCCCUCAAGUGGGAAGCAAAGUGGCCGUAAGAGCACUGGCACGCUUUACAGUCAGUUCCAGAUGGCAGAGAGUGAGAAUCGUUCUUACGAGGGCUCCCUCUACAAGAAAGGGGCCUUCAUGAAGCCCUGGAAGCUGCGCUGGUUUGUCCUGGAUAAAACCAAGCAUCAGCUGCGAUACUAUGAUAGCAACCUGGACACAGAGUGCAAAGGGGUGAUCGACCUGGCUGAGGUAGAGGCCAUCACGCCAGGCACCCCCACCAUGGGAGCCCCCAAGAUGGUGGAUGAAAAAGCUUUCUUUGAUGUCAAGACAAUAAAGCGGGUUUACAAUUUCUGCGCCCAGGAUGUGCAGCUGGCCCAGCAGUGGAUCGAUCGUAUCCAGAGCUGCCUGUCUGAUGCCUGAGGUGCCAUGCCUGCCUGCACAGCACAGGACAGAAGGAGGUGGGGGGCGUUGCCCAGGAGGGAGACCCCAACCUGGUUUGGCCACGUUUGCAGGGAAGGGCGCGGCUGGCCUCUUCUGCCUUACGAAGAGGAGAGUUCGUCACGCGCCCGGCCUGGCGGAUCCUCAGGAGGGACUGGCCCAUCUUCCAUUCUCCAGAGGUUGGCAGAGCCAUCGGACUUCCAUGCCCCGGCUGCCUCCAGAGCAAGUCUGGCCGGCCAAGAAUAGGCUUUGCUCUGUCAGGGAAGCUGGUCGAGGGCCUGGCUGCAGGGCAGAGGUGGCAAGAGUUUGCUGCAAAGCAUGAUACCAAUCCCCCCUCCCACAUCUGGGAUCUGGAAGUCCUGAUGCCGGGAGGUUGGAAGGUAGAAGGAAGGGGUGGGGGCAUCUGCACUCUGUCCCUUAAUGUUGCUGCUGCUGCUGCUGCCGCUGCCGCUGGACAGAAUGGGCAGUUCCUGGUCGAAGGCUCAGUCAGGUAGUGGGGAGACAUUUGUUUGUGACAAACCCCCCCCCUCCCUGGUUCUUACUCACUUCCCAGCCCUCGCUUUUCCCCCAGCAUCCUCAGGGCUAGUCCUGGAGUGCGGGACAGUUAAUGGCCUCCCCUCCAUCACCACCCCGUUGCACCCCCCCCCCCGGUGUGCUACCUAGCACCCAAGAGCAAAUCAUGUGACUUGGUCUCUCUGCUCCUGCUUCACCACCACACACACACAUACACACCCAAUCCCAGGCUGCACCCCUGUCCGUUCCUUCUCCUUUUGAACAGGAGACGGGAAAUGCCCUAGACCCUCUGCACAGUAUGGAGCCCCCCUCCCCCUCCUUCUUUUUUAUUGGUACCAUAAAGGCCAUGGCUGGUGUGAAUUUGGGGGUUUUUGUAACUUCUUGAACAGUUGUAGAUUAUUGAAGUUUCUGUACAUUGUGUCAAACCUAAAGAGUUCUUGUAUUGUAUUGUGCUUAGAGGAAAAAUAUAUAUGAAGAGAAAAAAACUAAUGGAAUUUAAUUAAAAAAAAACAUCACGA